CGGGACGGGAACGGGGAAUCCCCAGUAUCUUAUUACGGGGAUUGGGGAGGGUACGAGGAUGGAGAAUGAAGUCGGGUAUGGGGAUGGUAAUUUAAUCCCCUUACCCUACCCUCCCCAUUGCCAUCCCUACUCGUAGGAGUUAGGGUUUUGCUUCACGGCAGCAGCGAUGGCUGGUAGAGAUAUCCCAGAUGAAUUGAUAGAGAUAAUCCUAAAGCACCUUGACCUUACAAACGAAACUGAUAUUAAUCGAUUCCGUGCCGUCUGUCAAUCAUGGAGGUCUUCUAUUCCUAGAUUUGAGAGAAAGCUCCUAUUACCCAACAGAUUUGAGAUAGAAUCUGACUCCUGGACUCAUUGUUUCUUACCCUCCAAGACCGAGAGCAUAGUCUAUCAUAUUACACCACUUGCCGAUGAUCCCGAUCGAAAGCAAAGGGGCUGGCUAAUUAGGUUAGAUAGUGACGGUAAGUUAGUCGAUCCAUUAUCCCAAACCGACUACAAAGGAAGGACACCAUUCCGGCCAAAGGUAAUAAACUUUCUUGACUUUCGCGUAUUUGAAUUGGCAAGAACUUAUUGUAGUGGCCACUGGAAUAAGAUGGCCGUGUCCGAGAACCUUGAUGUCCCUGCGGUCAUGAUGUUGAGGGAUAAAAUACUGUAUGGUGGAAAACUAGGUCUUCACGUCAGAGAUGCAACCAAGCUCUACCUAAAUCCGGAUUAUCCUGAUGGUGUUUCCUUGAAUAGAAAGACAAAGACUCCUGUUGAUGAUGUUAUUUUUUAUCAAGGAAAGUUUUAUGCUGUCACAGAGUCUGGGGGAGCUAUAGUGAUGGAUUCUUCAUGUAAUUUUAAAGCGGUAUACGUACCGUGGACAAUAUGUAAUUUCAUCAGUUGUGACAAGAAGAUGUAUUUGGUGGAAUCACUCGGGGAGUUGUUGUUAGUUGAGAGAUUAGGGCCUAGAUUCAUCGGCGAAGGUUAUUUGGGGGACAAUGUGCUCAACAAGGAAGUUGUAUUCAUGGUUUACAAGUUGGAAGAAAGGGAGGGAUGGGUGGAGAUGAAAGCUUCAGAAUUAAGUGAUCGAAUAUUGUUUGUGGCUGAUGGUCUCUUUAGCUUCUCUGUAUCUGCUAAAGAGUUCCCAGGAUGCCGAGGGAGUUGCAUUUAUUUCUCUUAUGAACGUCGAGUUGCAAGGGGUACUCCUAAAAGUAUUUGGAGUGUUCAACUUAUAUACGCAAAGGGCAUCGCAGUUAGGAUCUUAUCCAGCCAGUGCUAAUAUCUUUUUGCCACCCCCGACUUGGCCUGGGCCCUGAUUGAUUCAUAAGAAACUAAUCUGAUGCAUGGCGUUUCAGAUCGUCUCUGUUUGAGUCACUAAUUCCUUUCUAUUGUACUAGCUAGUGUUUCGAAGAUCUACUUGUAAUUCUAGUCCAUGUUCUUUCUUGAAACGUACAUCAUCACAUCAUCAUUCGUAAAAUUGAUCUUGGUGUUGAAAAGUUGUAGCGACUCGAA